UGCAAUGUAUUUGCAGGCAAAAGUAAUGAAAUGGGGAGAGGCAAUUUUCCGCAGCAUAUUGGUCAACCUGCAAUGGCUAUAGCAGGGACAGUGCAUCGUUAAACUUUCAGCCAAGGAUAUCACAACGCUGCUCAUUUUCUCAUGAUGCAGUUCUCUCUUUGCUGUGGACCGUGUCACGUUGUCGCAGUUCGUACAAGUGAUUUAUAGGCUUGCGCCGAUUCCAUUCCUCUACAGAAUUUAUUUUUCCUAAACUUCAGUCCGGAUAGAGAAGACUGAGGGGGACUUCUGUUGGUGUUUCGGCACCUACAACGCGAAGUCUGCUGCCAUUUAAGGGCAAUCUGGAUGAAGAACAAAAGCACUUUCUAACCAGCUGUAAACACACCAGGAAUAGAGAGAUCAUGAGCCAGGCCAGAGAGCCAGGAUGAAAACAACAAUGUCAUGUCCAGCUGGUCCCAGAAUGCCUGGCUGGGAGGUUUGACGGUUCUGUCAUUCACCAACUGUUUGAGCCAUCCUCCUUUUCCUCAACAGCCCCUAAAAAUAGUGGCACACAUUUUCAGUGAGGUGGUGGCCAGCUGGAGCCUCCAGGAAUGAUGGGGCCAACCCACCGCAGCAGGCCCCCUCGCUGCACCUGACCCAGAAUGGAGCUUAAGGUUUGGGUGGACGGGGUCCAGAGGGUCGUAUGCGGGGUCACCGAGGCAACCACCUGCCAGGAAGUGGUCAUCGCUCUGGCCCAGGCCAUAGGCCGCACUGGGCGCUAUACCCUGGUGGAGCAAUGGCGAGACACAGAGCGCCACCUGGCCCCCCACGAGAGCCCAGUGGCCUCCAUCAACACCUGGGGUCAGUAUGCCGGUGACGUCCAGCUGAUCCUGCACCGCACAGGCCCCUCCCUGACUGAACGCCCCCCUUCCGAGGGGCCCCCGCUUCGAGGCCCGGAACGCGGUCUCCACCGGCAGAGCCUCCCCCCACUUGCCAAGCUCCGCCACCCCAGUGAGCGCUCCCUCUGCCGCCGUGAGCCGCGCCGCAAGUCCCUCACCUUCUCUGGCAGGCCCCGGGGCCUCCGGGACAUCCUGAGUGGAGGCCGGGCUUGGGAGGAGAGGGAGGCCGAGGCCAAACGACGUCUCCUACUCCAGGGGAACGGUGGGAACCAGAACCACCACCACCACCAUGUAGCAGCCGAAACAGUAGCCCCAGGGGGGGCAGUGUCCCCCGGCAUGUGGGCCUGCCGCAUGGAUGACUUGGUCAGACUGGUGGGGCUCCAGAGAGAGACUCUGGGUGUGCUGGAGAACAGGCUGAAGGCCUAUGAGGCUGAGCUGCAGACCUGGGGUGGGGGAGUGGGAGAAGGAGGGGGAGAGGAGGUAAGGGGAGCGGCAGGGCUGGUGGAGGAGAUAGUGAGGCUGGAGAGACGACUGAGGAAGAACGAGGUGGAGAUGGAGGAGGAGGAGUUCUGGGCCAGUGAGCUGCAGAUUGAGCUGGAGAGCGAGAGGCAGCUAGAGGAUAAGCUUGAGGAGCUAACGGGACGUCUGCAGGGCGCUAAAGUUGACCUGGGGGACAGGAUGGUUCUGGUACAGGGUGUGGAAGCGGGUCUCGAGGAGGAGCGUCUGCGGUGGGAAAGACAGGAGACUCAGAGGGUGAGCGAGGUGGAGGCCAGGGCGCAGUUGCUUAGGGCCCGCACGGAGCUCAAGACCCAGGACAGACAAGCCGUCCAGCUAGAGAGCAGCUGCAGAGCCGUGGACAGGUCCCUGAGCCAGAGUAGCAAGAGAAUGCAGGAGAUGCAGCAUGAGCUGGAGCAGCUGACCAAGGAGCUGAGACAGGUCAACCUGCAGCAGUUCAUCCAGCAGACUGGCACCAAGGUCACCGUGCUGCCAGCCGAGCCCAGUGAGGAUGAGGAGGAGACUACCCACACCGGACAGGGCACAGACUUGGUUCCUCUGUCCGGUUCCCUGAAGCGUCCAGUCUCCUCGAUGCCCGGACACCUUCGGGUCCUGCAAAGCCCGCUGACAUCUGGCUUGAACCCAGAAGGGAUCUACGUGUAAGAUGACACAGAGGGGGAUAUCUAUGUUCCAUGCCAGCUGGCCCCCUCACUACCAACCUAAAGGUAGCCUGCUUGGUAGUCUGGUCCCAAAACGGUUGUCUUUAGCCAACUCCUCUCCUAUUCACUCCUAGUCAGGAGUUGGUUAUAUACAGAUCUGGGAUAAGACUAGCUAAAGGAUGUAAUAGCAUGAUACUUCAUUAACACUCUCCUGUCAUGGAUAAAGGACCUACACUUACACAGAGGAUUUGGCUAGAGGCCAUUGUGUACAAGCACUCCUAGUCUCCCACAUGGGACAGCACAUGAUGAUUGCUCCAAUGAUGAAGGGAAGACUAUGGGUAACCUACCUGACUUCAGGAUGGGGCACUUAGCUUGGAUGAACAGUGUAGAAAACAUUAGGAACACCUGCUCUUUCCAUGACAUAGACUGAUCAGGUGAAUCCACAUGGAAGCUAUGACCCCUUAUUGAUGUCACUUGUUAAAUCCACUUCAAUUAGUGUAGAUGAAGGGGA